AUGUCCAACGCACAGCAGCAGGCCCAGACGAUCCUGGUGACGGGAGCCAACAAGGGAAUCGGGUACGAGGCGGUGCGCCACCUCUCGGAGGUGCUGCCGCACUCGACCAUCCUCCUCGGCACCCGCUCCGUCCGCAACGGGGACGAGGCGAUCGCCAAGAUGCGUUCGUCGUCGACGGCGGCGGCGCACGACUACGCAAACAUCAAGGUGCUCCAGCUCGACAUCACCGAUGCCGCCUCGCUCGCAGCGGCCGUCAAGACGGUCGAGACGGACCUGGGCGGACGGCUAGACGUGCUCCUCCACAACUCGGGCAUCGCCCAGGUGGACGGCGUCGCCAACCACGCCGGAGUGCUCGAGGUAAACGUCUACGGCGCCAUCGAAACCGUACACGCCUUCCUCCCCCUCCUCCGCCGCUCCUCCAACCCCAAACUCGUCCUCGUCUCGUCCGAGGUCGGAGCGUGGUACAUGCACACCCUCUCGUCGUCGUCGCCCGCGCUCCACGCCGCCCUCGACGACGCCACCGCCAAUGACGAGGAGAGCGUCCGCAAGAUGGCGCAGGACUGGAUCGACUUCGCCAUCCAGGGCAACAAGGAGCCGCGCUGGACCUGGCCCGAUGCCGAGUCAAGGAUGACGGGCGCUUACUGCACCAGCAAGGCCCUCGUCUCGGCCUGGACGCGCAACUUUGCCCUGCGCAACCCGGACGUAAAGGUCGCCAUCGUCUGCCCCGGGUACUGCGCCACGGAACUCAACAACUUUUCCGGACCGCGCUCGGCAGCCCAGGGCGGCGAGAGCGUAGCCUGGCCCGUGCUCCACGACGACUUCGAGUCUGGCCGCUUCUACCGCGACGGCAAGCUGCGUCCCUUCACCAGCGCCAUGCCCGACGACUUUGCCACUUCGACGGAUUAG